GGCGGGAGUUCCAUUCUGGGAAAAGCCAGACAUGCAUUAAUGCGGUGGAAUGUUUCUGAAGUGGAAAGUGUAUUAAGAUCCUUUGGGGGCCCCCCCAAAAGGUGUUAUUUUUGUCUUUCAGGGUCAACUCAGAUAGUCAAGAUGCCGGAGAAAGUGCCCGAGGUAAGACUUUAAAAGCCGCGUUCGACAUGUUCAACCGCGCCGAUUCGUUUGUGAUGCAUGCGCCCUUCUUGAUUUCUGCAGAAGAAAUCUAAAAUAUCAGCUUCUCGCAAGCUCAUGCUGAAGAGUUUGAUGGUGGCCAAGGCCAAAGAGGAUCUUGAACAGGAGCUGGUGGAGAAAGAGAAGCAGAAGGAAAAGUACCUGGAGGAAAAAGCACCCCCGUUAAACAUCAACUCAAUGAGCUUGAAGGAGCUGCAGAAGCUAUGUGAAGAACUCCACUCCAAAAUCGACGUGGUGGAUGAGGAACGAUACGACAUCGAGGCCAAAGUCAAGCACAACACCAGAGAGAUCAAAGACCUGAACAUCAAGGUUGUGGACCUACGGGGGAAGUUCAAGCGACCCAACCUUCGGCGGGUGAGGGUCUCGGCCGACGCCAUCCUACGCUCGUUGUUGGGCUCCAAACACAAAGUGUCCCUGGACCUGCGAGCCAACCUCAAGUCGGUCAAAAAGGAAGAUACGGAGAAGGAGAAGACAGCGGAGGUGAGCGACUGGAGGAAGAACGUGGAGGCCAUGUCGGGCAUGGAAGGCCGCAAAAAGAUGUUUGACGCCCAGGGUCCUCCCCAGUAGAUCUUGUAACAGAAGAAACCCUCUCCAUUCAUUUCAGUUCAGCAGAAGGUGAUGCAAAAACACUCACUGAGCUUAUGUCAGUGUGAUCGCUUCCAUUGCCUACCCAAUAAACACGCAGCACAAACUGA